GCAGGCACCAUGGCCAGCAGCAGGGGCCUACCACUCCUGCUGCUGUUGCCCCAGCUGCUCCUGGGCCCUGCCCUGGCUGUGAAGGCUCCUGUGUUUGGCCCAAGUGACCUCCACAGCCUGAGCCCUGAGGAGAAUGAAUUUGUGGAGGAAGGACAGCCUGUGCUAGUCCUGAGCACCGAGGAGCUGGAGCCGGGUCCAGCCACCAUCGACUGUCCCUGCGACUGUGCCUGCUCCCAGGAAGGUGUUGUAGACUGCGGUGGUAUCGACCUGCGUGAGUUUCCAGGUGACCUGCCUGAGCACACCAACCAUCUGUCCUUGCAGAACAACCAGCUGGAGAAGAUCUACCCUGAGGAGCUGGCUAGGCUGCAGCGGCUGGAGACACUCAACCUUCAGAACAACCGCCUGACUUCCCGAGGGCUCCCAGAGGAAGCAUUUGAGCGUCUGACGAGUCUCAAUUACCUGUACCUGGCCAACAACAAGCUCACCUUGGCACCCCGAUUCCUGCCAAACGCCCUGAUCAGUGUGGACUUUGCUGCCAAUUAUCUCACUAAGAUCUAUGGACUCACCUUUGGCCAAAAGCCAAAUCUGAGGUCUGUGUACCUGCACAAUAACAAGCUAGCAGAUGCCGGGCUGCCGGACAACAUGUUCAACGGCUCCAGCAACGUCGAGAUCCUCAUCCUGUCCAGCAACUUCCUGCGCCACGUGCCCAAGCACCUGCCACCUGCCCUGUACAAGUUGCAUCUCAAGAACAAUAAGCUAGAGAAGAUCCCCCCUGGGGCCUUCAGUGAGCUGAGCAACCUCCGGGAGCUGUACCUGCAAAACAACUACCUGACCGAUGAAGGCCUGGACAAUGAGACCUUCUGGAAGCUCUCGAGCCUGGAGUACCUGGACCUGUCCAGCAACAACCUGUCACGGGUCCCAGCGGGCCUUCCCCGCAGCCUGGUCCUGCUGCACCUGGAGAAGAACGCCAUCCAGAGCGUCGACGCUGACGUGCUGACACCCAUCCGCAGCCUUGAGUACCUGCUGCUGCACAGCAACCAGCUGCGAGCCGAGGGCAUCCACCCGCUGGCCUUCCAGGGCCUCAAGCGGCUGCACACGGUGCACCUGUACAAUAACGCGCUGGAGCGGGUGCCCAGUGGCCUGCCCCGCCGAGUUCGCACCCUCAUGAUCCUGCACAACCAGAUCACGGGCAUCGGCCGCGAGGACUUCGCCACCACCUACUUCCUGGAAGAGCUCAACCUCAGCUACAACCGCAUCACCAGCCCACAGAUGCACCGGGAUGCCUUCCGCAAGCUGCGCCUGCUGCGCUCCCUUGACCUGUCUGGCAAUCGCCUGCAAACCCUGCCUCCGGGCCUGCCUAGAAAUGUACACGUGCUGAAGGUCAAGAGGAAUGAGUUGGCUGCCCUGGCACGCGGGGCGCUAGCUGGCAUGGCCCAGUUACGGGAACUCUACCUCACAGGCAAUCGACUGCGGAGCCGGGCCCUGGGACCCCGGGCCUGGGUGGACCUUGCUGGUCUGCAGCUGCUGGAUAUCGCUGGGAACCAGCUGACAGAGAUCCCCCAGGGGCUGCCCCCGUCCCUUGAGUACCUGUACCUGCAGAAUAACAAGAUCAGUUCCGUUCCUGCCAAUGCCUUUGACUCGACCCCCAACCUCAAGGGGAUCUUUCUCAGGUUCAACAAGCUGGCUGUGGGCUCCGUGGUGGAAAGCGCCUUCCGGAGGCUGAAACACCUGCAGGUCUUGGACAUUGAGGGCAACUUUGAGUUUGGUGACGUUUCCAAGGACCGGGGCCACAUAGAUGAGGAAGAAGAAGAAGAGGAGGAGGAAGAGGAGGAGGAAGAGGAGACAGGAUCGUAACGGAGUGACAUAGAUCUGACCCAGGACAAUGGACCACUGGACUCCUUCUGCAGCCCAGGCCUGUGCCCCACGAGCGUCCCCUUCUGACACACCCAACGCUGAGCCCAAGGGGCAUCCGAAUGCCACAGGCUGAACACAGUCUCCUGUCCCACCCCUUCCUGUAAUAUGCCACACAAUCAGACACGAGCAGAUACCACACCCCCAGCCUGGCCACACAGACACACAGAUAGCCAGCUGCACAUGACCCUCCAGACUGGCUGUCUUCACAGUCCCACACCAACACACACACACGUACACAC